CAGCUUUGUGUUCUUGCUACGAGUUCAACUUGCAACCAAACCCAAAAUGUUCAAAUACUUCGUUUUUGCCGCCUUCUGCCUGGCCAACGCUGCUGCCGCUCCUGGCUACUUGGGAGGACUAGCUGCUCCGGCCUUGCCGUUGGCUGCAGCUGCUCCGGCCAUUUCCUACGGACACGCCUUGGCCGCUCCCUCGAUUGCUUCCUACGGAUUGGCCCCCAGGCUCAGCUAUGCCGCCCCGGCCUUGGCGCACGCUCCUCUGGCGGCUCCGGCCAUUUCCGCCUACGGAUUAGGAUAUGGCCCUGGACCCAUUGGCCUGGCUCAUGCUCCUUUGGGACUGGCUCACGCUCCUCUGGCCGCUCCCUUGGGACUGGGCUACAAGUCGGCCUAUCCAGCUCUGGGUGCUCCUCUGGGACUGGGCUAUAAGACGGCUUUGGCUGCUCCUGCCUAUGGACUCGCUCAUGGAUGGUAAGGGAGCUCCAUCCCACACAGCAUCGUUUUCCGCAUGUAUUUCGUUUUGUUUGGAUCGGUCAGAGAAGAGGUGUAAAUACACAGAAAAAAGAGAGAGAAUCAGUGAAGGUUUUGUGAAGUGAAAUCAGAUUAUCAAAAAACCGAUUGUGGAGAGUGGAAAUAUAUUUCGUUUGAAUUUAAAAA